GGUUGGUUUCUGCGGCGGCUCACAGGUGUAUACACUGUUCGGGUAUUGGUUGGGAAACGGAGAGACAGUGGUGGGAGCGAGAAAACAUGGCUGCCGAGCCGACUAAAGCCGAGAUCCAAGCCGUGUUUAAGCGACUGCGGGCGGCACCUACCAACAAGUCCUGCUUUGACUGUGGAGCCAAGAAUCCUAGCUGGGCAAGUAUAACUUAUGGAGUCUUUCUAUGCAUUGACUGCUCUGGCAUACACCGUUCUCUGGGAGUCCACCUCAGCUUCAUCAGGUCUACUGAACUAGAUUCCAACUGGAGCUGGUUUCAACUGAGGUGUAUGCAACUUGGAGGGAAUGCCAGUGCAAAUGCCUUCUUCCACCAGCAUGGCUGCACCACCAGUGACACCAAUGCCAAGUACAACAGCCGUAGUGCCCAGAUGUACAGAGAGAAGAUUAGGCAACUGGCCAGCUCAGCCAUGUCAAAACAUGGUACUGAUCUUUGGGUAGAUGGAAUGAAUUGCCCACUUGCAAAUUCUCCAGAGAAGAAAGAGUCUGACUUUUUUGCUGAGCUGACCCAGUCUUCCAAUUCCUGGGAGGCAGCACCAGUCUUAGAACAAGUACCACAGUCUAUUCAACCAGCUUCAAAACAGCCAACCGGUGCCCCUUCAAGUGAGGAGCCCUCAUGUACUGAGUCAGGUCCAAGUGUUGAUAUUCUGAGCACGUCACCCAAAGCUCCAGUAGAGGUGAAACCAUCGCUCAUUGGAAAAAAGAAACCUACAGUUGCCAAGAAAGGCCUAGGCGCGAAAAAGGGUCUUGGUGCCCAAAAAGUGAGCAGCCAAAGUUUUAGUGAGAUUGAGAAGGCUGCACAGGUGGCAGAGAAGCUGAGGGAGCAACAGGCAGUAGAGCUUCGCAAAGAAGCAGAGGAGUCACUUGUCUCCUCCAUGAGACUGGCAUACCAAGAGCUACAGAUAGAUCGCAAGAAGGAGGAGAAGAAACUGCAGACCUUGGAAGGAAAGAAGAGAGAACAGGCUGAACGCCUGGGUAUGGGCCUUGCUUCCCGCAGCUCCAUCUCUCACUCUGUUCUGUCGGAAAUGCAUGUAAUUGAACAAGAAACGCCUGUCGCUACAAAAUCCUCCCGUUCCCAGCUUGAUCUUAUGGAAGAUGCCAGCUUUACAUCCGGUCCGCCUAAAUAUAAAGAUAACCCAUUCUCACUAGGGGAAGGGUUUAGCCCACGAUGGGAAACAGAAAUCUCAACGUGGGGAUCGACAGAUAAGGCUGAGGAUGAGCGAGAGGUGACAAUCUCCAGUAUUCAACCAGCACGAGAGCGGCCUGCAAAUAGGAGAAAGCCAGAGAGCACCCCGGCUCCAGAAUCCAAUGAGGCUCGCAUGAAAUUUGCCAGUGCAAAGGCAAUCUCCUCAGACAUGUUCUUUGGGAGAGAGCAGGAUGCCGAGUAUGAAGCCAAAUCCCGCUUGCAGCAGUUAUCUUCCAGUACUUCCAUCAGCUCAGCUGAUCUCUUUGGAGAGUCUGAUUCAGUAAAUCCUGACGCUGGUGUUUCCUUAGGUAAUGUGAUCCCAUCUGCAGACAUCACUCACUUCAAGCAGGGAGUAAAAUCUGUUGCAGGCAAGAUGGCAGUCCUGGCAAAUGGCGUAAUGAACUCUCUACAGGAUCGAUACAGCUCCUAUUAAUCAGGAAAGAGGAAGUCUGAUCCUACUGUAGUAUUCUCCUACAUUACCCAUGGGCAAGGGAAAUGGCGGAGCUUGGCAGGUAGAGAGUCAUCUGUAUCUCUCCAGCUGGUGGCAAAUGCCCCUUUAUAGAAAAUGGCCACUUCAGUAUUUCUCUAACACCACGUCCACUACUGGAGCAUUACUCACCCCACUUACAGUGUCUGCUGUUGCUCGUGCCCAUCAGCUGCUGCUCCCCCUGUAAGGAACACCCAAAGACUGUGCUUUUAAUUUGUGUUUGUGUGAGAAGACUAUAUGGGGGUCUCUUAUGUUAAUGACGGCAGGGUCUAUCUGUAUAGCAUGUUAUGACUGCGUUGUAGGCAGGCUAAAACCCUGACCAUGAGUUGAUGGGAUGGAGAAGACUUUAAAGCGCCUCAUUCUAGGGAACUAAUGACUGUUACUGUCUGGAUGAGGAACUAUCAUGUUCUGUAUUAACUUCUCUGGUCCCUGUGUGACUAUUGUUUUUUUAAUAUUUUAAUCCUUAGCAAGUGUGCAGGGUACUGGAACAUGAAAAGGAGCUGUUGUGUUCAUCGUUCCCUGCAUGGCGGGGGAGACUCCAUAGAGACUGGCUGCAUGAGUAUUUAUUUUGUCGUCUCUUGGUGCACAGCUGCCUGUCAGGUGCAAGGUUGGGUGUGUCCAUUUUAUUGCGUCUCAGAAUGUUAGUGUUGACAGAUAAAAGUGAAUAAAGAUACUGAGGCACAA